GUCGGCGGCGCGCGCCUGUGGAGGCCCAGCAAUGGCGGCCGUUCGGCUGGGGGUGUGUGGCAUCAGGGCCCUGCAGGCCCGUGGCUAUGGCAACGACGCCGGACAGCUCGGGGAGCUGGGCAAAGGGGCCGGGAAAGGCGGGGGCGGCGGCGGCUCCAUCCGGGAAGCGGGCGGCGCUUUCGGCAAGAAGCAGGCGGCAGAGGAGGAGCGCUACUUCAGGGAGAAAGGCCAGGAGCAGCUGGCCGCCUUGAAGAAACACCACGAGGAGGAGAUCUCUCACCACAAGAUGGAAAUCGAGCGCCUGCAGAAAGAGAUCGAGCGCCAUAAGCACAAGAUUAAGAAGCUCCGUAAUGAUGACUGAGUUGUGGCCCUCGAGGGCCAGGGGCUCACUGGUCGCGGUCCCCCUAUUAAUCAGGGACCGGCGCGUGCCCGGUGCUGACUUGCCUCAAGCUUGACGUUCUCUGUUCUACUUUUUGUUCCGCUGCAUCCCACUGUGGUAAUAAACUGAUGGGUGAACCA